UCCUUUUUUACGCACUUGUAUCGUAAUGUACUAUUAGAAUUUGUAUGUCGGUAGGCAUAGCACACUGCAGUCUUAAACACCAGUCUGCACAACCAGGUUAAUCAACCACCUUGUCACCUAAUUUGCGGUAAGGAAUCCAAAGAUUUCAAAGGCUUGAGAAAUGAAACUAUUUAACACUUGUACUUUAUUACUAUACUUAAUAGCAAUUAUCGGUUGCUUUUCUGUCGAAAUUUUCGUAGGUCGUGCUCGGCGGUAAUGAAAAAUGCGAGGGGCGGAGCCCGCAACCGCAGCUCCGCGGGUUUAUAUAGACGGAGCCCUACACCCUGCCGCCAUUGCCAGGCUGAUCACUCACUUUGGCCAAAAUGUGGAGAAUUAUUUGCAUAUCGUUGUUAGCGUGGUUCCUGCUGGUAACGAACGUGGUUAGCCAAGAGUACCUGCCGCCCAAGCCUGGUGGUGGCAAGAAGCCUGCUGCCGAACCUACCUUACCAGCGAACUACGAUUUCUCAUACAACGUAGAAGACACCGGCGUCAGCUUAGACUUCGGGCACAAUGAGAAGCGAAAAGACGACCGCGCUACCGGCUCGUACCAUGUUCUACUACCGGACGGUCGCAUGCAGUUGGUCGAGUACGAGGCCGGCCCUGAUGGAUACAAGCCACAGGUAAUGUACAUGGGCACAGCGACGUACCCGGCGCCGGCGCCGGCGGACAAGUUCGACGGCUACCACUACAACGCGGCGUCCAACCGCCAGAGCGUGCGCCAGGCCGCGCCGCGCCAGCCCACGCGCGCGCCGCCGCCGCCUCGCCGCCGCCGCUGCCGCCCCCGCCAACGCCACGGAAUAGACCGAGUAACACUUAGGGUCAGUUGCAUCAACCAGUUAACAGACACAUCAACGUUUAGAAGCAGAAGCCUGUGGAGAUACAAAAAAAUUCGCGAUCGCUUAUUUCGGUGACCGAAGGUUUGUUGCAACCGACCCUUUGUUACGUAUCAGAGAGUUCGACGCUUCCGGAUGCCAGAGCAUGAGUCAGGCCACCCGCGUUUCUGUCAACUAUAGCUUGCAGCUGCCCCCGCUAAUGCCACGGAACAAACUAGGCAACUCUUCGCAGGAUUAUCAGACGAGACGACAACAACAAUCUACAAUGCUUCCAACCGCCAAAUAUUUCCAAAAAAAUCUGUGAAUAAAUUGGGCAGAUUCGGAUUUAUUUCUACUGUACAAAAAUCUUCAUAUUGUAAACAGCUAAUAGCUAAUAUUAUGUGAAAACUGAUCUCUAUUCUUUGCCUGAAAUUGUGAAAUCUACACGACUUGAAUUACUACGAAAGACGUGGCUGCGUCAAGUUUAGAACGUCCGGUUCGAAGGACCAUUAAAUUUACGUCUGCAAAGUUCAUGAUUAGUUUUAUAACUCAUAUAGAAAACACUUUUGUUGCCAUUUUGUUGAGUAUUUCUUACUCAACGUUCGACAUAAAAUUGUAGAAAACAAACGGUGGCGCAAUUUGCUUUCAACUGCCUCAUUUUUAACCCAAAUUGUUUUCCGGUUUAAGGAAAACAAUUAUGUGUAUGUGUAGGUAUUACAUAUGGAAAAAAAUAACUUCUACUAUUUUAUGUCUAUAUCGUAUCAACCUCAUUGCCACUUCUCAACGGCGAUGAAUAAUUAAUUAAUUAUCGAAAACGACAAUUUUCAUUUCCAAUCUACCAAUUAAUUAUGUCCUAGUCAAGGAACAAUUCAAGGUAGCGAAGCACUGUUCCAAUUGACUGGAUAUAACCAUGAUGAUAAUUGUUGAUUUUACUAAUUAUGUAAAGCUAUUUAUUUUAUUAUGCAUGGGAAAAUGUAAAAAAAAUAGGAGGAAUGUUUAAAGAAUUAAAAGUAAUAGAAAUACGAAAUUUUAUUUUUAUUACAAACAUCUACAUAAAUACUAUGACACUCACACUAUUAUUAAUUCAAAUAUCAUAAUUUAAUUGAACACAAUAAUUUAAAAAAAUCAACUACCUACUCUGGAAUGUUUGUAAGCUUAUUACGAUGUUAAUCUAAAUUAAAUAAAUAAGUAUUAAACGGCAUCAAUACGAAUACCUAAACUAUUUGACUAACUAUUAUUAAGCAGUCAUCUAAGCUAAAAUAAGGCAUUUAUACUUUCAACUUACAGCCUGAAACACGUCAUUUUAGUUUAGUCGACUGUACACAUGUUAAUAAACCUUUGUGUUUUAAUAAGAAGAAUUCGAUUUAACAAGGAUCUAUUAUUUACCUAUGUUAUGAUAACACUAGAAGUAUGUACAAUUCACAAUCACAACACCGUCAUCAGAACAUCUUAAAACAAAAUUAGGUACUGCACACAUAUUUAAUUGCCACUAUGUGGCGAUGGAAUAAAAUAUGUAAACGGAAUGGUGGCCGCUCACAGAUGUAAGAGCGCUUGGCAUCCGAUAGCUCGUUGCGUGGACGACAUCCGGAAAAUUGCGGGUCACAAACUGGAUGAGACUAGCUCAGGACCGGGACAAGUGGCGUAGUAUAUUAGAAGAGAGGCUUAUGCUCAGCAGUGGGCGAUAAAGGGCUGAUAUGA